GGGAGUGUGUGAGCACUUGGGAUCAGGGAGGGGAGGGAAUGCAAUGUAACGUAGAGUGGUUACAGUGUGGCAAGGAACAGUUAGGAAAAAGCAUGUUACAACAGGACAGUGCUCUUUGCUGAAGAGGAAUGCAACGUACUGCGGUGAUCGAGGGAGCUGGAACAUAAAGAAACACCCUGGGCAGGUUAAUACUUCGCCUCUUAGAUUGAAAGAAACAGAGGAAAAAUCGGUGUGUGAGUAGUCACACGUCAGGACAGGAAUUCGCUUUGCAGAACCUUUAGCCACCGAAAGGGAGAAUCUUCAAAAACCAAAUAUGAGCGAGACGAGUAUCUGUCAGGCUCGGGCUACGGUCAUGCUCUACGACGAUGCCAAUAAGAAAUGGGUCCCAGCAGGUAAUGGGCCACAAGUCUUCAGUCGUGUCCACAUCUACCACAACCCAAGCAACAACACCUUCCGUGUGGUGGGCCGCAAACUCCAGCAGGACCAGCAGGUUGUGAUAAACUGCCCCAUCGCCAAAGGCCUGAAGUAUAACCAGGCAACUCCCAGCUUCCAUCAGUGGAGGGACAUGCGUCAGGUCUGGGGCCUGAACUUCGGGAGCAAGGAGGACGCCACACUAUUCGCCGACGGGAUGCAUCGCGCCCUGGAGGUGCUUGAUGGCACAGCGAGUGUGGGACCUGGUGCCCCACGGUUGGUGAAUAAUGGACCAAGUGCGGAGGAGUUGGAACAGCAGAGGAGGCAGCAGCUGGAACAGCAGAGAUUGGAACAGCAAAGGCUAGAACAGCAGAGAUUGGAACAGCAAAGGCUGGAACAGGAACGUGAGCAGCUGGAAAGACGCAGUGCAGCGCCUGGCCCUCCAGCUCCGCCAGGAGGGCCCCCAGGACCACCAGCCCCACCUGGACCCCCACCACCUCCAGGACCGCCCCCGCCUCCUGGGCCCCCCCCUCCACAGUCGGGGAGCGGGCCCCCCCCUCCUCCACCGCUGCCGCCCUCGUCUGGCCAGUCGGGAGGUGGUCCAGGAGGGGGUCUCGCAGAGGCCUUGCAGGCUGCCAAACUGAAGAAAGUAGCACGGGCUGAGGAAAGCACCCGCUCAAGUGGCAGUUCUAGCCCUAGGAGUGACGGCAACAGAAACAGCGGAGGGGGCGGGGGAGGAGGCGGUGGUGGAGGAGGAGGAGGGCUGAUGGAGGAGAUGAGCGCCAUGUUGGCACGAAGACGGAAAGUAUCUGAGAAGCCACCAGCAAAGAAAGAUGAUGAGCCACAUGAAGACACCAACGUGGGGGCCAAAGUGGUGAAUGCGCACAGCAGUGAGUCUGUGAAGAGACCUUGGGAAAAGCCCAGUUCGUCAGUCUCCAGAGGGAACUCCAUACUGAAGACAGCAGAAUUCUCAAGCAGUUCACACACUGGCACUCAGCCUAGGGUCAAGAGCACCCCCGCGAGCAAUGAGGUCACAUCAGACGACACAGACAUGGACCGGAUGAAACAGGAGCUACUGGAGGAAGUGAAGAAAGAGCUGCAGAAAGUCAAGGACGAAAUCAUUGCAGCUGUUCGGCAAGAGAUGCAGCGCCUGGGCUCGACAUAGUUUUCCAAGUCGGAGGACGUCUCGGAUUUUGGGGGGAGUGGGGUGGGAAGGGGGUUGGGGGUGGGGUGGGGGGAAUGUGACAUGGGGUUGGGAUGGGUGGAUGUGGAAGUGCGUCCGAAGUUGGGACAGUAUUGAUGAGGUGAAUUGAAGACUGUGUGUCUGCUUACACCCCCCUGUCGCUGCAGAGGGUAUGUUUUAAAAACAAAAAGAAGAAAAAAAACUUUUUAUUAAAUCUCAGAGGAACAGAAGAAGUGGGCAGGGGGAGAUGAUAAACAUUUUUAUUAUUCUCUUCCCCCUAAAUCGAUUUUAUUUUAAAUUUUGUUCUGGUCUUGCCUCCGCUGGGCACUUUUGAUCGUCGAGUGGGGCAUUUCUUAAUUUUUCCAUUUCUUUUCUUUUCCACAAAACAAAAAUUACUGAAAACAGCGGUGAAGGGUUUGUCAGCUUUGAUCGUUUAGUCUUUGAGAGAUUUGUUUUCCUUAGAAAUUUCCGGAAUUGUUUCCCUUAUUAUCCAAAUUAUUUUGUUUUUUUUAACCUCCAAUUUACAUUUGACUCCUGUCCAUGAAUUUUUUUGUUUUUUGUCUUUUGUCUUUGGAGGUGAGGUAAAGGGUUACCUUCAUGAUUUUGUGCCAACCAGAAAUGAUGCCAAUUCUGCCCACUCUCGGUGGGAUGGGCCGGUGUUGAAGCCAUCUGUAGUGGGGCCUGAGGCUGUGGGGGUGGGGGCACGUCUUUGGCCCCCUCUUUUUUUUUGUUCUAUUAUCCGCCUCAAGACCCCAGGGGAGAAGUCAGCGAGGGGAUUUUAAGUGAAGCUGGGAUUCUCUCUGUCACUUUUUUUUCUGUUGCAAGUUCAUCGGUGUAGGUAGGAAGGGGCAACCUGACUAGAUGGGCACAAGGGAAUACUCUUCCAGCAACUGGAGGGGCCCCCUCUGUCUGUGAGGAGGGAGGGGAAUGCUCUAUGGCUCCCCCCCCCCCCCCCCCCCCGCCCCCACCUAGGCAUUCCUGAGGUUGUCCCCGGAUAUAAUCCAUGAUGUAGGAAUGACAUGGUGCAAGGGAUGGCGGGGAAGAGGAGAGAAACCAGGUGACCAGGGGCUGGGCACCACCCACGAUAGGACCCCAAGGGGGGGACACAUUGGCUUGCCAACUGCCUAGGCACUGCAUUGUCCCCUCCAUUGGCUGGCACCCUCUAGUCUUGUGUGUGUUUGCCCUGUGUGUCUGAGAGGGGGAGGGCAGCCUCUGUAGCAGUUAGCAGGGGCCAUCAUUCGAAAGGGAGCUCCCAAGGAUCAUUUGACGUGGAGCAGAAUCCAGAUGGGAGGGAACUUGAAGAAAUUUUGACAAUGCAAAUCCGAGUCCUGUCUGCACUGCUCCUGCAGGAUUCACAUCUCUUGUAUCUUCUUGUGCCAGUUAUGCAGCCUUGCAUUGAGGGGGGGUGGGGUGGUAAUUAGGUUAAGAAACGGGGCUAGAUUUCUUGGUCGGGGGUUGGUGAUGAGGGUUAAAAAGAACCCGCAACGAGCCCCUAGAGCCGCAUUAAUCUGAAACUGGGAACGUUGCUUUCUGUGUCGUAUAAAACUGGCACUGGGCCGCUCUGCAGGAUGUCCAUUUUAUUGGCUUUUUUUUCACGAUCUUGUUUUAUAUAAAAGUGUAAACACUGGAUGCCUUUAUACUUAAAUAUAACAGCUUUUUGGUUUGAUUCAGA